ACCGUCCGAGCUUCCUGGGCCGCGGGGAGCUUUCCUCAAGCGCUCUAUCUCGGCCUGCGCCGUCGUCUUCUGAGUUCCCAGGAAGCUCCGCCUCUCAGCCUAGCCUCAGCCGAGCCGCACCCUCGUCCUCAGUUCCAGCGCAGCCAGGCCAAGGUGAGAGACAUGACGGCGGAACAGCGGCACAACCUGCAAGCGUUCAGCGACUAUGUCAGGAAGAGUCUGGACCCCACGCAUAUCCUUAGCUACAUGACCCCCUGGCUUCGAGAGGAUGAGGUGCAGUAUAUCCAGGCUGAGAAAAACAACAAGGGUCCGAUGGAGGCUGCCUCCCUUUUUCUCAAGCUCCUGUUAGAGCUCCAGGUGGAAGGCUGGUUCCGUGGCUUUUUGGAUGCCCUAAACCAUGCAGGUUAUUCUGGACUUUAUGAAGCCAUUGAAAAUUGGAAUUUUCAAAACCUUGAAAAGUUAGAGGACCACAGAACACUUUUGAGACGCUUAGAACCAGAAUUUAAAGCCAGAAUUAUUCCAACAGAAAUCCUCCCUGAACUGGCUGAAUGUUUAAUCACUCAGGAUUAUGAAGAAAUUUGGCAGGUUUGCACCAAUAAGGGGCCUAUGGCAGGUGCAGAGAAAAUGGCUGAGUGCCUUCUCAGAUCAGACAAGGAGAACUGGCCCAAGACUUUGAAACUCGCUUUAGAGAAAGAUGGGAACAUCUUCAAUGAACUGUGGAUUAUAGAUGAAGGUAUGAAAGCUGUAGAAAUGAAAAAUGUUGAGGAUGAUAGAAUGGAAAAUUCUGACAUACAGAUUUUCUAUCGGGAAGAUCCAGAAGACCAAAAUCUUAGUCAGAAUUCCUGUCCACCUUCAGAAGUGUCUCAUACUAAUUUGUACAACCCGUUGAAACCAAGAAAUUACCAAUUAGAGCUUGCUCGUCCUGCUCAGGAAGGAAAAAACACAAUAAUAUGUGCUCCUACUGGUUGUGGAAAAACCUUUGUUUCACUCCUUAUAUGUAAACAUCAUCUUCUAACAUCUCCACAAGGACGAAAAGGGAAAGUAGUCUUUUUUGCUAACCAUGUCCCUGUUUAUGAACAGCAGAAGACUGUGUUUUCAAGAUAUUUUGAAAGACUUGGGUACAGAGUUGCAGGCAUUUCUGGAGCAACAGCUGAGAAUGUCCCAGUGGCACAGACUAUUGAGAACAAUGACAUCAUCAUUUUAACACCACAGAUUCUUGUGAACAAUCUUAAAAACGGAACCAUUCCUUCACUAUCUCUCUUUACCUUGAUGAUAUUUGAUGAAUGCCACAACACAAGUAAAAACCACCCAUACAAUAUGAUCAUGUUCAGUUAUCUAGAUCAGAAGCUUGGAGGAUUUCCAGAUCGAUUGCCUCAGGUCAUCGGGUUGACUGCAUCGGUUGGAGUUGGAGAUGCUAAAAACACAGAGGAAGCCAUGGCCUACAUCUGCAAACUUUGUGCUUCCCUUGAUGCAUCAGUGAUAGCAACAGUUAAAGAAAAUGUGGAGGAACUGGAACAAGUUGUUUAUAAGCCCCAGAAAAGCUACUUAUUUCAAGUUCAAGAUAGAGUAUUUGGAACACAGAAAUAUGAACAACGGAUUGUUGCAGUUCAUAAAGCAUGCAGGGUGUUUCGGAUGCCAGACAAAGAAGAAGAGAGCAGGAUUUGUAAAGCAAUGUAUUUGUACACUUCACAUUUGCGGAAAUACAAUGAUACCCUCAUUAUCAGUGAGGAUGCACAAAUGAAAGAUGCUUUGAAUUACCUGAAAGAUUUCUUUAACAAUGUCCGAGCAGCAGCAUUUGGUGAAAUUGAGCAAGAGCUUACUCGGAGGUUUGAAGAAAAGUUGCCGGAACUAGAAAGUGUUUCUUUGGAUCCCAGCAAUGAGAACCCUAAGCUGAAAGACCUCCACUUAAUCUUACAAGAGGAGUACCACUUAAACCCAGAGACAAGAACCAUUCUUUUUGUGAAAACCAGAGCACUUGUGGAUGCUUUAAAAAAAUGGAUUGAAGAAAAUUCUGCACUUAACUUUCUAAAACCUGGCAUAUUAACUGGACGUGGCAAAACAAAUAAUAAAACAGGAAUGACCCUCCCGGCACAGAAGUGUGUACUGGAUACAUUCAGAGCCAGUGGAGAUAAUAUUCUGAUUGCCACCUCGGUUGCUGAUGAAGGCAUUGACAUUGCUCAGUGCAAUUUGGUUAUCUUGUAUGAGUAUGUGGGCAAUGUCAUCAGAAUGAUCCAAACCAGAGGCAGAGGAAGAGCAAAAGGUAGCAAGUGCUAUCUUCUGAGUAGUAAUGCUGAUGUAAUUGAAAAAGAAGAUAUAAACUUAUACAAGGAAAAAAUGAUGAAUGACUCCAUUUCAAGACUUCAGACAUGGGACGAAACAGUAUUUCAAGAAAGAAUUCAUCACAUACAGAAUCAAGAAAAACUUAUCAGAGAUAGUCAACUAAAGCCAGAACUUGUCCCUGAUAAGCAAAUUAAAAGACUGCUCUGUGGAAAGUGCAAAGUUUUGGCAUGUAACACAGCUGACAUACGAGUGAUAGAGGAAUCUCAUUACACUGUGAUUGGAGAUGAUUUUAAGAAGCGCUUUGUGAGUAAACCACACCCCAAACCACGGAGCUAUGGUGGGUUUGAAAAGAAAGAAAAGAUAUUCUGUGCCAGACAGGACUGUGGCCAUGACUGGGGAAUACAUGUGAGGUAUAAAACAUUUGAGAUUCCAGUCAUAAAGAUUGAAAGUUUUGUGGUGGAGGAUAUUACCACUGGACUUCAGCAACACUAUCCAAAGUGGAAGGACUUUCCCCUUGAGAAGAUACAGUUUGAUGCUAAAGAAAUGUCUAAAUGACCUCAUGCUCCUAGUGUUUAGCUACAGGGACUGGUAACUGUGAGAGAAGAAGAAAUAAUCCAGUGGGCACAACCAUUGAUUACUUGUAACUUUGUGAAAAUAUUUUACAUAAGGCUUAUACUGUAUUGAAUAUUUAUGUUAACUUCAUUGUUUGUCUUAAAAAUAUGUAUUGUAUCAUAUACAGAGCACAUGAGUGAAUUGUGUUACUGAAUACUUUGUAGGGCAAAAGAACUUACAGUACUUGGAGAAAAUUUAAAAUUGUCUCUACCCUUCUGUGCAGUUGUCAGUGAACACAUAGUACAUGUUAGCAUGAAUGAAUUGAAAGGUUGGUUUUUUUUUUUAACCUCUCUCCAUCCUAAAGCUAUUAUACAGUAGGUUUUAUAGUUAAUAAUCUACUGAAAUUGUUCUUUUCAAAGCUACCAGUGACUGGUUGCCAAAUGUUUUGGACAUUUCUUGGUUCUUUUAUUUGGUCUCUUUGCUACUUUGGGCCCUAUUGUAUUCCUUAGUUGAAACUCUUCCUUGGCUUCUUCUGUUUUCUCUUUUAUUGGUUCCUCUUUGCUGAUAAACUAAGUAUAGAUAAUUCCAAGGACGUGAGUGCUUGCUCUGUCUCUCUCUAAAAGUUAUGUAUAUUCAUGCUUUCUUCAUAGCUGUGUGUAGCAUGGUAAUAAUAAAACUAUAGUAGACAGCUUUUAUGAGUGAGGGCUUCCUGAGGUUUUGUUCUUUUGCUUUACUAUCCAUUUUUCUCUUGGUUUGUUCUCUUAACCUACCAUUUUCAAAAUCAUUCCAAGCUAUUUUCCAGUAAUGGUUGAUAUUCAGCACUUGGAUUAUUGGCUCUCAGUGUAGUUCCUUGGAUGGUACUGAUGAGGUAGUUUAAUUUGGCUGUCUUUUCUACAUAAAACAUUUGCUAAUAUUUCAGAGAGUUUAGUUUGGGGUUUUCCUGUCAUGGAGAUAUGUGUCUUGAGUUUUGUUAUUUUCAUCAGAUCAAGGUACUUUGUGUUCAGUUUUGGGGAAGAGUCUCUAAUGUGUAGGCUUUAUAGCAAUUUAAGCAUCUUCCUUGCACAGGUUCAGAUUAGUUGUUUGAAAUGCUUUAGGACCAUCGGUGGCCUAAGGAAAAAAAAGCUCCAGGGAUGAUAAAAUGUCAGUCUGAUGUUCACCACAUACAACCUUUAUCAAGGAACACCUGUUUACAUCUAAAGGUGAUUCAGAGACCUCUCUACCCAGCCAGUCAACCCUGGAUCAACGGGAUGAUUUGUUCUAAUCAUCAUCUGCUGGAUCUGAUGUAAAGUAGUGCUAGCAAAUAGCCAGAAAAAAAUGACCAGUUAUCUAUUUGUUUGUUUUCUUCAUCUGUAAAACAUGAGGACUUUUAAAUUGUCAAAG